AUGCAAAACUUAUCAUUCCGUGGUACAAAUGACAAGUUGUAUAGUGCCGGCAAUGGAAAUUUUGAAAAGUUUGUCGAAUAUCUAGCCCUUUUUGAUCAUAUCAUGAAUGAACAUUUGCAUAGGGUUAAAGUUCAAGAAACAUUGGUUCAAUACCUGGGAAAAGAUAUCCAGAAUGAGCUUAUACAGCUUCUAGCCGGUGCUAUAAAGAAGAAAAUUAUAACAAGUACAACCUCAGCUAAAUACUAUUCAAUUAUUCUGGACUGCACACCCGAUGUUUCUCACAUUGAGCAAAUGACAAUGAUUGUACGUUUUGUUGAUGUAAGCAAACCAUCAGAUAAUGAGUCUGAAAGUAUUACUAUAAGAGAACAUUUCUUAGGAUUUAUUCCACUACAGGAGACUACAGGUGCCUUUAUAGCAGAAACUCUUCUUGAACAGCUGAAGCUAAUUCAAUUGCCAAUUGAAAAUCUGCGUGGUCAAGGAUAUGACAAUGGCAGUAACAUGAAAGGCAAACAAAAUGGAGCACAAAAGAGAAUACUGGACUUAAACCCACGUGCGUUUUUUGUGCCCUGCAAUGCACACUCUUUAAACUUGGUAGUCAAUGAUGCUGCUAGGUGUUGUCUGGAAGCAACUACUUUCUUCGGGUUAGUUCAACAGAUUUAUAAUUAUUUCUCUACAUCAACUAAGCGUUGGCAAGUUCUAAUUAGCCAUAUAUCAGACUUAGGCAUAACUGUUAAGCCAUUGAGUGAAACAAGAUGGGAGAGUCGGAUUGAUACUUUGAAACCACUGAGAUAUCAUCUUGGUAAUAUAUAUGAUGCUUUGAUAGAGAUUUUUGAGGAUACAAGCCUAUCAGGUCCAUCUGGAAAUACUUCCCAAGUUGAAGCCAAGGGCCUUGCUGAUGCAGUUAGUAAAUUCAAGUUUGUGGUAUCCCUUGUUACAUGGUACAACAUCCUUUUUGAAGUCAAUCUUACAAGCAAGCUACUACAAAAUAAGGAAGCUGAUUUAAAUUCAGCAACAAGACAAUUGCAAGUGACCAAGAAUUAUCUCAUAACCUGCAGGUGUGAUAAGGGUUUUCAACAAGUUUUGACAGAUGCUACUGAGAUUGCAAAUGAGAUACAGAUAGUACCAAACUUUGAGACAGAAGAUCAAGUUCGAAACAGGAGAAAGAAAUGGCAGUUUGAUUAUGAGGCCCGAGAAGAAGCACCACAAGAUCCAAAGCAGAAAUUCAAAACAGGUUUUUACUAUGCUGUUUUAGACAUGGCAAUACAAUCGAUUGAAGAGAGAUUCCAACAGCUACAAAAAUAUAAUUCACUAUUUGGCUUUCUAUAUGACAUAUACAGUAUAAAGAAAAAAUCAACAGAAGAUUUACUUAAGGACUGUAAUAAUUUGGAAAAGUCAUUGAUGCAUAAUGGAAACAAAGAUAUUGAUGCUGAAGAUCUGCGUUGUGAACUUGAAGCAAUAGCUCGAAAACUUCUAAAGCCUAUACCGCCACAAGAAGUACUUCUCUUCAUACUACAAAAUAAACUUCUGGAUAACGUGCCAAAUGUUUCUGUUGCUCUGAGGAUCCUUCUCACACUUCAAGUAUCAGUGGCAAGUGGUGAACGUAGUUUCUCAAAGCUCAAACUUAUAAAAAGUUACAUACGUUCUACAAUGUUGGAAAAGAGACUAGUUGGCUUGGCAACUAUAUCUAUUGAACAUACACAGGCAGCAGCACUUGAUCUGGCUGAAAUGGUGACAAAAUUUGCAAAGGAAAAGGCACGCAGAGUGAGAUUUUGA